UGUGUGCUGUGAGCGGACUGAGUGUAUGAACAUCAGCGUGAGUCUUGGCUUGCUGUACUUGCUCAGCCCGGGGGCAUUGGGUUCAACACCUCCUAGAUACUCCAUUAUAGACUCACUAUGCAAGCUGGCCAACCUCCGGUACACAAGUCCGCUCCUAGUUAUUCUCCACCUCUUUGUCCCAUGUGGAUCCUUCGUGACACCCCUCGGUGGAACAUCUCCAUUCUACCCCAUCAUAUUCACGUACAGACCAUCUGCAAGGGAUCCUACACAAAUUCCUGUUGGAGGAACUGUGUGCUAUGGGAGGCCGGACGAGUUUUCGUACAGCCACAUUCCCACAUCCGAGUGACUCUCAAUAUUCAUGUGCAUGAUUUCCUCCAUUUUUUACCGUCUCUCACACUCCCUGUAAAUUAGCCUGGUGGUAGAUUUACCUGUUCAGGUAU